AUGGGUAGAAGAGCAGCAUUGUUGCUACUCCUGUUGGUGCUGACCACUGUAAGUAUAGUUCAAUGCGAGAGGGUGAGAUUCAACACCGAAGGGCUGAGCAGAGAAAGCUUUCCGGCGGGAUUCGUUUUCGGCACGGCCAGCUCGGCUUACCAAGUCGAAGGUGCCACCGACGUUCAUAAGUAUGGUCGUGGACCUAGUAUUUGGGACACCUUCCUUAAAACUCCUGGACUUGAGCCGAAUAAUGCUACGGGAGAAGUGUCUGUGGACCAGUACCAUCGAUACAAAAAAGAUAUUGAUCUGAUGGUGAAGCUGAAUUUUGAUGCCUACCGUUUCUCAAUCUCAUGGACCAGGAUAUUUCCAAAUGGAACUGGCAAGGUAAAUUGGAAGGGAGUUGCCUACUAUAACAGGCUGAUCAAUUACAUGCUGGAAAAAGGCAUCACUCCAUACGCUAAUCUUAACCAUUAUGAUCUUCCCCAAGCACUUCAAGAUAGGUAUGGAGGAUGGUUAGGCCGGCAAGUGGUGGUGGAUUAUGGUGAUUAUGCAGAGUUUUGUUUCAAGACAUUUGGAGAUAGAGUGAAGAACUGGUUUUCUUUCAAUGAACCUCGGGUGGUAGCAGCUCUGGGGUAUGACACUGGAUUUUUUGCCCCGGGGAGGUGCUCCAACUGCACACAGGGGAACUCUGCAACAGAGCCUUACGUUGUUGCCCACAAUCUGAUUUUGUGCCAUGCUAUAGCAGCUCAGAGAUACCGUGCUAAAUAUCAGGCAAAACAAAAAGGAAGAUUUGGGAUUCUCUUGGAUUUUGUAUGGUAUGAGCCUCUGACCCGAUCCAAGGCGGAUAAUUAUGCAGCUCAGAGAGCCAAGGAUUUUCAUAUAGGAUGGUUUCUACAUCCUAUUGUGUAUGGAGAAUACCCAAAAACAAUGAAGAAUAUAGUUGGGGACAGGCUUCCCAAAUUUACACCUGACGAGGUUAAGAUGGUGAAGGGAUCAAUUGAUUAUGUUGGUAUAAACCAGUAUACUACUUACUAUGUCUACGAUGCCUAUCCAAAGACACCAUGUAUCCUCAGCUACCAAAAUGAUUGGAAUGUUGGAUUUGCUUAUGCACGCAAUGGAGUGCCAAUCGGUCCAAGGGCCAAUUCAGAAUGGUUGUACAUGGUGCCAUGGGGAUUGUACAAAGCUGUGACAUAUGUAAAGGAGCGGUACGGCAAUCCUCUCAUGUUUCUGUCUGAAAAUGGGAUGGAUUAUAUGGGCAAUCUCACAUUAGCUGAAUCUUUGAACGACACAAAAAGGAUUAAUUACUAUAAAAGCUAUAUGGCUGAGCUGAAGAGGGUGGUGGAUGAAGGAGCCAACUUAUUUGGGUACUUUGCAUGGUCAUUGCUAGACAACUUUGAAUGGAGAAUAGGAUACACUUCCAGGUUUGGAAUUGUGUAUGUUGAUUUCGACACCCUGAAGAGGUAUCCUAAGAUGUCCGCUUAUUGGUUCAAGAAUUUCCUUCUUCGAAACAAUCAUUAAGUUUCACCCUCUACUUGGGUUUUGUAGUACUCUUUUGUUGAAUGUGAAAUUAAUUAAUACAAGAUAGACCCAACACUUUGUGGUUGUGGUUUGAUAAAACUUCCUUUA